UCCCAGCCCGGGACCCUGGCGGCGCUCCGGACACGGCCCGGGCACGAGCGCGGCGUCCCCCGGGCGGCCAGGGCUCUGGCUGAGAACAUGGCCAAUGGCAUUGACGAGCUCAUCGGCAUUCCCUUCCCCAACCACAGCAGCGAGGUCCUGUGCAGCCUGAACGAGCAGCGGCACGAUGGCCUGCUCUGCGACGUACUGCUGGUGGUGCAGGAGCAGGAGUACCGGACCCACCGCUCCGUCCUGGCCGCCUGCAGCAAGUACUUCAAGAAGCUCUUCACGGCCGGCACCCUAGCCAGCCAGCCCUACGUCUACGAGAUCGACUUUGUCCAGCCCGAGGCUCUGGCCGCCAUCCUGGAGUUCGCCUACACCUCCACGCUCACCAUCACCGCCGGCAACGUCAAGCACAUCCUCAACGCCGCCCGGAUGCUGGAGAUCCAGUGCAUCGUGAACGUGUGCCUGGAGAUCAUGGAGCCCGGGGGGGACGGUGGGGAGGAGGACGACAAGGAGGACGACGACGAUGACGAAGAUGACGAUGACGAGGAGGACGAGGAGGAGGAGGAGGAGGAGGAAGAGGAGGAUGACGAUGAUGACACGGAGGAUUUUGCUGACCAGGAAAACUUGCCUGACCCCCAGGACAUCAAUUGCCACCAAAGCCCCUCCAAGACGGACCAUCUCACGGAGAAGGCCUAUUCAGACACACCCAGGGACUUCCCUGAUCCCUUCCAGGCCGGCAGUCCUGGCCAUCUGGGCGUGAUCCGGGACUUCUCCAUCGAAUCUCUGCUGAGGGAGAACCUGUACCCCAAAGCCAACAUCCCCGACAGGAGGCCCUCCUUGUCUCCGUUCACCCCGGACUUCUUCCCACACCUCUGGCCAGGGGACUUCGGUGCCUUCGCCCAGCUGCCCGAGCAGCCCAUGGACAGUGGGCCGCUGGAUCUGGUCAUCAAAAACCGGAAGAUCAAGGAGGAGGAGAAGGAGGAGCUGCCCCCACCCCCGCCGCCACCCUUCCCUAGCGACUUCUUCAAGGACAUGUUCCCUGACCUGCCCGGGGGGCCUCUGGGCCCCAUCAAGGCGGAGAACGACUACGGUGCCUAUCUCAACUUCCUGAGUGCCACCCACCUGGGGGGCCUCUUCCCACCCUGGCCGCUGGUGGAGGAGCGAAAGCUGAAGCCCAAGGCCUCUCAGCAGUGCCCCAUCUGCCACAAGGUCAUCAUGGGGGCCGGGAAGCUGCCGCGGCACAUGAGGACCCACACCGGGGAGAAGCCAUACAUGUGCAACAUCUGCGAGGUCCGCUUCACCAGGCAGGACAAGCUGAAGAUCCACAUGCGGAAGCACACGGGGGAGCGGCCCUACCUGUGCAUUCACUGCAACGCCAAGUUCGUGCACAACUACGACCUCAAGAACCACAUGCGCAUCCACACGGGCGUGCGGCCCUACCAGUGCGAGUUCUGCUACAAGAGCUUCACGCGCUCCGACCACCUGCACCGCCACAUCAAGCGCCAGAGCUGCCGCAUGGCGCGGCCCCGGCGCGGCCGCAAGCCCGCCGCCUGGAGGGCCGCCAGCCUGCUGUUCGGGCCCGGCGGCCCGGCGCCCGAGAAGGCGGCCUUCGUGAUGCCGCCCGCGCUGGGCGAGGUGGGCGGCCACCUGGGCGGCGCCGCCGUGUGCCUCCCGGGCCCCAGCGCGGCCAAGCACUUCCUGGCGGCGCCCAAGGGCGCCCUGAGCCUGCAGGAGCUCGAGCGGCAGUUCGAGGAGACGCAGAUGAAGCUGUUCGGGCGCGCCCAGCUGGAGGCCGAGAGGAACGCGGGGGGCCUGCUGGCCUUCGCGCUGGCCGAGAACGUGGCCGCCGCGCGGCCCUACUUCCCGCUGCCCGACCCCUGGGCCGCGGGCCUGGCCGGCCUCCCCGGGCUCGCCGGCCUCAACCACGUGGCCUCCAUGUCUGAAGCCAACAACUAGGCUGGUCCUGGCCGACCCCGGCCCCCGGCCCUGUCCCCUCUCCCGCCAGGCCCACUCUGCCCCACCCGGCGGGUCUGAACUUUUUAUUUUAAAAACACAAAGGGAAAAUGAAAAAAAUAUAUGUAUCAGCAGCAAGGGCAUUUUCUGGGCCUUCUCAGGCAGCUGCCUCCCUUUUUGCUGCUGUCUGAGAUGGGCGUCUCCUCCCGAAGGGCCUGGGGCCCGGGCCCCCUCUCCCUGGCUGUCUCUCUGCCUCUCCCGCAGAAACUUGCACGGGCCCACGCCACCGAGGAGGGCCACGCUGGGUGCCCGGGAGCACUUUGGAGCUGUGUGGGCUCUUAGGAGGCGGGUUGCUUGGCCUGGAGACCAACCGGGUGGAGCGGGCCUGAGGGUGGGCCCUGCCGGCACUGCUCCGAGGGGUCGCUUGCCAGUCCCCAGCAGUCCCCAUUUCUCCUUCAGAGAAAUGCCCACCUGCCACAUAGACAGAAACACCCUAUUGGCAGGGAGGCCUCCCAGAGACAGGACCCUCCUGACAGUUUUCCCCUUACCCGUCCUGUGACCUUGGACAGGUCAGGCCUCUGUACCUGGGUGUCACCCUGCCAUGGAAGGCAGGCUGGUAAUUUAGGUUCUCUCUCCCCACUCCCAACACACACACACCUGUCCCCCCCAAAGAGAACCCUGGAGAGGAUCGAGCUUUGCACUCCCCAAGUCCCUGGUGACACAGUUUAUCUUACUGGACUUAGUGUUAUCACGUCCACCUCUGUAUUAGCACAUUGGCAUAGGUGAGACACGUGGCGGAACUAGCCAGGAGUGGCGGGAGGUGGGGGGCGUCAUUGCUUGACCGUAGGGCACGGGCAGCUCUGGGAACCCCACGUGCUGCCUGCCUUCCAGGCGGGUCCCUGUUCCCGUCUGGACCCCAUCUCCACACACCCCCUCCAGUGCUGCACAGAGUCUCUUGGGACACCUGGCGCCAACAUCAAAGGGACAGGGGCCACUUCUUAACACCUGGCGACUGCCUCUCUUCACCUGAGUCCUGAAAACAAAAAACGCCUGGCUUCCCAGAGUUAAUGUUUGCUUUUCGAGUUGUGGGUUCCUCCAGGCCUUGGCAUUGCUGGCAAUUGCCCCCUCUGCUGCAUUUGAAACCCCUCAGCGCCUUCCUCCCCACUCCGGGGGUGAAGCAGGAGUGUGUGGCUCCCUGGUUUUGACUAAAGGGCUCAGUGGGUGGGGGGGGGUUCAAAGGGCUCUGUUAGGACUGACACACGUUCUCCUGGUUCUUGAGUUUGUAGCAGGUCGUGAAAAGGAAGACAGCUGUGCCGGCCCAGUGCCUUCCUGACCUUCUCUCCCCGUCCCUGCCCUCCCCUUGCCUCCUCUUCCCUCCCUGCUGAGCUUACCUUGGUCUCUCAGCAGCCCAGAGAGGAGGAGAGUCCAUCCGCAGAGAGGGCCUGGGGCUGGAGUCCCCAGUCCCCAUACUGUGGGCACAAGACACUUCAGCUCUUCCUGUCGCCUUGGCUUUUUCCUGAGCAAACACACAAAACAACAAAAAGGCCAGGGAAGAGCACAGACUCUGUCCCUCUCAUGGCUCCCAGGAGAGACCCUCCUCACACCAGCUGCCAUUGCAGCUUUCAACACUCUGGUCCUUGGAAGCCCUCUGCCUGGACGGCCACCUCUCAGAUUCCCGUCUCCGUUUCAGACACCUGCCUCCGGGACCCGCCAGCCCACUCGCCCGUGUCCCCCGUCAGCCGAGGGAUUGGCGCUGAACCAAACUUUCAAAGGAAAAAUGAACAAAUUGGAAUCCAGUGGUGUUGGGGCUUUUGUCUUUAUUUUGUAAAGGUAAUGACUUCUUAUAAACUCAAUGUUUCAGAUGA